AUGGCUCCCCAAAAAUUGUUCCCACCCUCUCCAGCACCACCACCACCACCACCACCUCCCAUUUCUCCACCUUCUCCCGCGGCUUCCACUAGCAUUGCCCUCAUCUCCGGUGUCUUUGCUUCUGGUGUAGUGAUCCUUGCAGUCUUGGUAGUUAUUUGGAUACUACAUUAUAAGAGAAGAAAGUUGGCAAAGAAACAGAAGGAGUUCCCGGAAAACACUCCAAACACUGCAAAUGACUUAGUCCCAACAACAUCAACCAUAAUAUCAGGAGGAGAGUAUCAGUACAUCCUCACUCUCUCUGAAGUGGAAGAAAGCACCAACUAUUUCGAUGAAGCUCUUGUCAUUGGUGUAGGAGGAUUCGGCAAAGUAUACAUGGGAGAGUUGAGGGACGGAAGAAAGGUGGCCGUCAAGAGAGGGAGUAGAACUUCUAGUCAGGGCGUUGAAGAGUUUAAAGCUGAAAUCGAAACUCUUUUUAAAUUCCGCCAUGGGAAUUUAGUAUCUUUGAUUGGUUACUGCGACCAAAAUCACGAGUUGAUUUUGGUUUACGAGUUCGUUGAAAAUGGAACCUUGAAGAGUCAUUUGUAUGGUUCGGCUCUUCGAAGUUUGUCGUGGAAUGAAAGACUGAAUAUUUGCAUUGGAGCUGCAAGAGGACUCCACUAUCUCCAUACUGCGUAUCCUACACCUGUCAUUCAUCGGGAUGUGAAGUCAGUGAACAUUUUAUUGGAUGGAAAUCUCAAUGCCAAAGUGGGAGAUUUUGGAAUCUCGAGAACUGGUCCCAAUGUCCAUGAGACACAUGUCAGCACUGGUGUCAAGGGAACGUUUGGAUACCUCAAUCCCGAGUAUUUUAUGAGACAGCAGCUUACUGAAAAAUCCGAUGUUUAUUCAUUUGGAAUAGUCUUAUUUGAAAUACUCUGUGCAAGGCCUGUGAUUGAUCCGUCACUUCCUAGUAAUGCGAUCAAUUUGAAAGAUUGGGCGAUUAAUUAUAUUCAGAAGGGACAGUUGGAUCAGAUAAUUGAUCCAAAUUUGAUUAUUGGUGAUAUCAACCCUGAUUCUCUGAAGAGGUUUAUGGAAACAGCCGAAAGUUGUGUUGCUGACCGCGGUGUUAAUAGACCAUCAAUGAGAGAUGUUUUAUGGAAUUUGGAGUGUUCUCUUCAAUUCCAAGGAGCUGCUCUUCAUGGUUCGGCUGCUGAAGAUAAUUCAGACAUGAUAGUGGAACUUGCUACACAAGACGCAACAACAGAUUUUUCUUUGACAAGAGUGUUCUCUCGGUUGGUAAUUUCGGAUGAAGGUCCGGAAAGGGGAAGAGGCCUUGGACGUGGUUGUGAUGCUGCCGCUCAUGGUUCAACUGCGGAAGAUAAUUCAGACAUGAUAGUGGAACUUGCUCCACAAAAUGCAACGGUUUCCUCUUCUUCCGCUUCUGCAAAUAUCGAAGACUCACUGAUUUUAUCUGAUGAGGGUCGGGAAAGGGCAAGAGGUCUUGGAAGUGGUCGUGAUGAUGCGGUUCAUGGUUCAGCUGUGGAAGAUAAUUCAGACAUGAUAGUGGAACUUGCUCCACCAAAUGCAACAGUUUCCGCUUCUUCCGCUUCUGCAAAUAUCGAAGGCUCACCGAUUUUAUCUGACGACGGUCAGGAAAGGGGAAGAGGAAGUGGACAUGGUCGUGAUGCUGGAGAUGGAACAAUUGAUUAGUUAGAAGAGGUUGUAUUGAUUCUAUAUUUGAAUCCUACUCUGUUUGCGGUUUUGGUUUUGUUAAUUUUUCUUAUAUAGGCAUUAUUGCUUAGGAGGAACUUGUUUUGUCCUUAGAUGGACAUCAAAGAUAAUCUAGAACUUCCUGAAAAUAUCUCAAAGCAAGAGAUGAUUUCUUUGACUUACAUAUUUUGGUUAUUAUAAAUCACACAUCAUGUCUAUCUAUUUUUUCAUCAAACAUAGGCAAAUGGAUACUCAUAAGAUCAACUUAUAUGCAAAAGAUCAAAUAAUACGAGUUUCAUAUAAUCACUAGUUAGGUAUAUAACACAAUUCGAACUCAGCAUAUUAUGUACAUCAAGUGAUUAAAGAGCAGUUACAAUUGAAAUCUAAGAACAUAGAAGAAAAAUAUGAAAAAGUAAAUAAUAAGAGUUUCUUCUUUU